AUGUCUGCAACCGAACUCUCCACCCAUGUUCCGCCCUCUAUGCAGGCGCCUCUGGAUCCCCUCCGCCUCCUCGGCCUCUUGGCAGUGUCGAUGCUAGCACUCUACCGAGUAUAUCUAUGGCUGCUUCCCAAGCCCAUGCCCGGUAUACCAUACAACCACGAAGCCGUCAAAAGUAUCUUCGGCGAUAUACCUAGUAUUGUUGCCGAAGUUGGGAAAACGAAUGACUUGAUGGCCUGGCUCCAAAAGCAAACUGAACGGCACCGUGCCCCUCUCGUUCAAGUCUUUAUGUGGCCGUUCUCGAAGCCGGCGUUGCUUCUCAGCGAUUUCCGCGAGUCGCAAGAUGUCCUUCUCCACCGCGCCAAGGAUUUCGACCGCUCGACCUUUGCGGGCGACAUCUUCGGCGGCAUCGCGCCCAAUUUCCAUAUUGUCAAACGCACGGGGCCCGAGUGGAAGGCCCACCGUCGCCUCCUUCAGGACCUCAUGACGCCGUCGUUCCUCGACAACGUUGCCGCCCCAUCAAUAUAUGACAGCAUGCUCGAUAUUGUGGACCUUUGGUGCCUGAAGGCGCGACUGGCAGAUGGCCGACCCUUCGCCGCUGCUCAAGACAUCCACAACGCUGCCCUGGAUGCCGUCCUCGCAUUCUCUUUCGGCAAGGAAUUCUCGAGCCGUGCGACCAAACCUCAGAUCGAGCUGCUCUCCGGCUCGAAGAAGCGUGAAGCCGAAGCUAAGGACAAGCCCGUCACCUUCCCGCAGGCGCAGCUCGACCCGAGCAUUCAGUCCAUGAUAGACAUCACCGACGUAAUGAUCCACAUCAAGUCCGCUCUCCUUCCUAGAGUAAAGUGGUGGUUUGUCCUGAUGCUUCCGCACAUCCGCCGCGCAUACCAGACCAAAGAUAGGUGCAUCAUGCAGGAGCUGAAGAGAUCCGUGGAGGCUUCGGGAGGGAAUAAGUCGUCCCGCGACGACUCCUGGGUGCGCUCGGCCGUCGACCACGUCGUCAGCCGAGAGACACGCUUCGCGGAGAAGGAUGGCCGCGCGCCCGCGUACUUUUCGCCAGUGAUGCAGGACGAGGUCUUCGGCUUCGUCAUCGCCGGCCACGACACGACUAGCACCUCCCUCAGCUGGGGCGUAAAGUUCCUCGCCGACCACCCGGGCGCCCAGCGCCGUCUCCGCCUCGCCCUCCGCGCCGCUUUCUCCGCCUCCGCAGCCGAGCGCCGCCUCCCCACACACGCCGAAAUCACCAAGACCCCAAUCCCCUAUCUCGAUGCGUGCAUCGAGGAGAUCCUACGCCUCGGCAACACCGUGCCCGCUUUCGACCGUCAGGCGCUGCAUGACACCGUACUUCUGGGUCACUUCAUCCCGAAGGGCACCGUCGUGUUCGCCAUGAACAACGGGCCCGGUAUGCUGAGCCCUGCGGUGGACGUGGACGAAGCGAAGCGCAGCGAGAGCGCGCGGGGGGAUGAGAAGACGCGGAGGAGGCCGUGGCAGAAUGAGGGCAUCGCGCGGUUCCGGCCGGAGAGGUGGCUUGUUGGGAAGGAUGGGGAGAGGGUGGGUGAUGUGGAGGAGGAGGAGGAGGAGGAGGAGAAGGAUGCGUGGAGCGAGGCCGUGUUUGAUGCGCAGGCGGGGCCGGCGGCGCCGUUUGGCGGCGGAGUUCGCGGAUGUUUUGGGCGCAGAUUGGCAUAUUUGGAGAUGCGGUUAUUUUUGACCAUGGUGCUGUGGCAGUUUGAGCUCUUGAAGUGUCCUGAGGAUGUAUCGGGCUAUGAAGCGUAUGAUGGGGUAGUGCACAAGCCGAAGAAAUGCUUCGUAAGGUUGAGGCAUAUCAAGGAGUGA